ACCUACGACUUGGUUUUGCUUGUAGUCACAGUUCUUCUCAUCUGUUUCAAUCCAUCCAUACGCACAUUCAGAUUCUGAGAUGGCAAUAUCGCAGAUGGUCGGAAGUCUCACUGUACAUGAUCGCCAGAUUCUGACGGCAGUGAAUGCUGGGGCGUCUACUUUCUCACUUGUUGGCUCAUCUUUCAUCGUUCUGUGCUACCUUCUGUUCAAGGAGCUUCGCAAAUUCUCUUUCAAGCUUGUCUUCUUUCUUGCCCUCUCUGAUAUGCUUUGCAGUUUCUUCAGCAUGGUUGGGGAUCCAUCAAAGGGAUUAUUUUGCUAUGCUCAAGGCUAUAGCACACAUUUCUUUUUUGUUGCUUCUUUCUUAUGGACUACAACAAUUGCUUUCACUCUUCACCGCACUGUUGUUAGACAUAAAACGGAUGUUGAAGAUUUGGAGCCCAUGUUUCACUUGUAUGUCUGGGGAACGUCACUGGUUUUGACUGUCAUCCGCUCUAUAGGCAAUGAUCCUGGACGCUUAGGUAUCUGGUGUUGGACAGAAACAGGACGCGCUGGAAAGGCUGUUCACUUCAUUACAUUUUAUGCUCCACUUUGGGGUGCAAUUCUAUUCAAUGGCUUUACAUACUUGCAAGUGAUACGUAUGCUAAAUAAUGCAACCCGCAUGGCUGUGGGUAUGUCAGAACGACCACAUCAGUCAGAAGUAAGGGCAGAUAUGAAGGCUUUAAAUCGCUGGGGUUACUAUCCGCUGAUUCUUAUAGGUUCAUGGACGUUUGGUACAAUUAACCGUAUUCAUGAUUUCAUAGAACCAAACCACAAGAUAUUUUGGCUUUCUGUACUUGAUGUUGGAACGGCUGCACUUAUGGGCUUGUUCAACUCUAUUGCUUAUGGUCUCAACUCUUCAGUGCGACGAGCAAUUCAUGAGAGACUGGAGCUGUCGUGGCCAGAGAGAUUCCGUAGAUGGCUGCCAAUUUCUACAAGGGUCAGAAGCCUAGAGCAAGAAAGUGAGUUAAUCUCACUGAAAAGUCAGGGCCAACAAUAGCAACUGUGGUAUUAUCCUUAUGCUUACGACUGUGUCAGCAUUGUAUUUCAUCUGAGUUCUCCACGCUUUCAUAAAUUUGAGAAUGAGAAGAUGCUCAGAGAAAAGGUGAAUGCGAUUCCUGUACCAAAAUGAGUGAUUUAGGUCUCUUGAAUCUUACUAAUAUGCCCACAUAUUUGUCAUCCAGUGUACCCUUCCCCUUGUGUAAACUGUCACCAUUCAUAUGAUCUUGACAUUAAAGAAACAGAAGGACUUCAGAGGAAAAGUUCUAGUGCUCCAGGGUUUUCAGGUCAAACCUCUAACCUUGAGCUGGGAUGACAUUAAGGCAGAGGACCCAGAAGCAAAUCACAGUGGGCAUGAAGGCAUUAACGGUGGAUCUAUUUUUUCUGCUGUAUAGCAAAUGAACAGUUUAUGCUUGUCUCAAGUUCUGGUUUGAAUGAGUUUUGUCUUGGUUUUUUGCUUUUGAGUGUUUGACAGGUCUACAAUUUCUUAAUGAAAUGGGUAUUUAUAUAUUGGUGCAUCCACAGUUCUUAUUUCU